UUCAGGAUUAUAUAUAUUUUGUAUUUGUAUUUGUAUUGUAUUUCGAAGCAGCCACAGGAUGACUCUCAAGCUGGGUAUCUGUACGAAGGACGACCUCAACGAGGCCAUGAAGCUGCAGAAGCGCGAGCAGUACGAGGAGGAGCGCAAGAAGCGCAUUUUCAACGCCAAGCAGCGUCUGUACGGGCUGGACCUCCCCACGCUGGAGCGCCAGAUCAUAGAGAAGAACAAGCAGCGCAGCGUGCAGCUGGAAUGCGAUAAGCGGUACGAGGAUCAGGAGCAGCUGCAGAAGCGGCUGAUCGCGUCCAAGGAGAAGGAGCUGGACAUGCAGAAGCGCGUCGCCAACUCGGACCUCAACUACUACCGCUGCCGCUACCAGAGAAAGGAGCAGCGCCGCGAGUUCGACCUGAACGACCCCGACUUUCUUAAGAAGGCAAAGCCCAUGCGCAUCGCCGACGACGACAUUACGUUGGGCAUCUCCAGUGCCCAGAUCUUCUCCGGCGAGGAUCUGUACAACAACGACCGCAAGGUGCGCCAGCGGGAGCAGCAGCGCGCCUGGCUGGACCAGCAGGUGAUGGAGCGCAAGCAGGCGGAGGAGGCCCGUCGCCAGGCGGACCACAUGAUGAUGGAGAACAUCAACUGCCGCGACAAGCACCUGGAAGAGAUGGCCAAGUCGGAGAAUGUGAUGCGCAACCAGGUCAUCCAAAAGGUGCGCGAGUUCAACAUCAAUCUGGCCAAGCAGAAGCGUGUGGGCCGCGAUCAGGCCAAGCGGGAGAAGCACGAGGACGAUAUGGCCGAGAUAUACAACAUGCUGUCCAGCGACAUGCUCACCGAGAACCCCGACGUGGCCCAGUCGCGCACCGAUCCCAACAAGAAGAUCGCCUUCAUGUACCGCGGCAUGACGCCCGAGGAGUUGCUCGCCUUCCGCAAGGGCCAGGAGCAGCAGCUCCUAGAAGCGGCCCAGCGCAAGACCGAGGCACAGCUCAUGGACAAGCAGUGGGAGCAGUAUGCCAUCAACAUGGACCGCACUCUGAUGCUCAAGCAGAUCGAGGUCGACCGCCGCCGCAAGGACCAGUUCGAUGAUCUGAUGCGGGCCAACGCCAAGCUGGCAGUGGAGCAGGACGAGCAGCGCAAGAACUCGCUCGAGCAGCUCAACAAUGCCAUCUUCGAUGACUUCUACGAUCAGUUCAACAAGAAUUCCCGCUAGUUUAUAUCAGACACAAACACACACACACACGUUCCAAGCAGCCCGACCCUUCUCCGUGGCCCGGGCCCGGCUAGGAAGUCGCCCCAGUUCCAGUUGCAGCACUGCAGAGAACCGUGGCGGCUUCCCAGUCGCGCCUAGGACACCAGAAACCACAAUGAAAUUUGUAACAGUUUAAAAUGUAAUCUCCAGUUAUCCACAGAUCAAUCGUUCGUUGGGACAGUCUUGUUAGAAAUUCAAAUACAUACAAUUCGGCAGAAAAUAUCAA